CUCAUCUUUUCAACCCAGGGCAGCUGAACAAGACCAGGCUGAGGGCCUCAAAAAUUCUUCCCUCAUUUUCUCGUCCCUCCAUAGACCUGAUAAUCUCAUUAAAAUGUCAGGCUUCGAAGUCGCCGGUAUCGUGCUCGGCAGUAUACCUAUCGUAGUAUCUGCGCUCCAAUGCUAUAUGAACGGUCUUGGCACUCUGCAGAACUUCCGAUCCUACAAGCGAAUCCUGAAGAGUCUGAUCUUAACUCUCAAAACUGAGCACGUCAAUCUUCAGAAUAUAUGUGAGAAGGUUCUGAUAGGAAUUGCACCACAAACACGAAUUGAGGAAAUGAUUCGAGAUCCGUUCGGAGAUCUUUGGAGAGAAGAGGAUAUCUUCAAUAAACUGCGCUUGAGGCUCUGGUCAUCGUUGCAAGUGUUUGAUGACCGAGUUCAGGAUAUGAGAGAGGCUAUCGAGGAGAUGAUGGAGAAGCUCAAUAUUGGUACAGACGGAAAGGCCGAAUGGAUCGAAAGCUCUUCGAUAAAGAAGCAGUUCAAACGAGCAACAUUCAUCCUUCAGAAGUCCAACCACGAAGAAGUCCUUACAAGAAUACGCGAUGGCGUCUCUGCUCUCCAAAGGCUGGCCGUUCUCAACACAGAUCUAGAGUCACAGAGAAAAUCUCGAUCCCAAGGACGACUCAACAAACUAGUCAAUGGAAUGCUCAGUGGCAUAUAUCACGCACUACGGUCAACUAUGACCUGCAAAUGCUCUGGCUUGCAUGAUAUUGGCUUGAGACUUACACCUCCGUCACGGACUGUUGUUCCUGAGGAUGACGAUGAGGAUAUUAUCAAGGAGUUGCAGUUCCGUCUUGCCGUCUCGUACCUGACGGCAUCGCAAGCAAAUACUUCGAAGCAAUGGAAUGAAAUUCUCUUGAAGAGCGGAGAGGACUCGAAGACAUCAACGGUUUCUUUCACGGCACAGAGUACAGCCACUUCGAGGAAGACAGUUGGGUUUGCUGUCCCAUCAACUACCUCUUCAACAAGCGGCCAGCAUUCACAAACAGUUAUUAUCGAAUCAGCCUUAUCAAACCUCACUCUCAACACUCUCAGGACAAUGUCUGAGCCCAUUUGUUCCAAACACAUCAGCAAUCUUUGCGAAGCCAUGCAAACGAUGGGGAAGAAGAAACAAGGCGAGAGAUGUGGACAUAUUCAGCACUGCUACAUGACCCAGACUCAGAAGUAUGAUGUUUAUACGCUGGAGUGUCUGGGCAGCUGUGAUGAAUGGUCUCUGGUACCACUAAAACAAGUCCUUCAAAAUCCAGCGUUGCUCUACGGUGAUAAGCUACGUCUGGCUUGGAUGAUUGCUUGUGGUGUUUUACAAAUGCAGGGUACGCCUUGGGUUGCGGAUAUUCCACGAAGUGAGGACAUCUUCAUUGCUCAAAAGGGUGGUGUUCAUCAAUUCCACCAUGUCUUUGUUCUCAGACACUUCCCCGAAUAUCCCAGAGUCAAUGCAUCAACAUCAACGACCAACCCGUUUAUGCUAUAUCUCGGAAUCUUACUCAUCGAGCUCAUUCUUGGCCAGUCAAUAGCAACUCUGGAUUCACCCCAGACUCAAACAUUAGAGCCUGGUGUACCGAGACAUAUCCGUGAUUACGAAGCUGCCAGUAAGCUUUUAGGACGGGUCAUGAUGACUGGUGGCUCUGGGUAUUACAAUGCGGUCGAGCGAUGUUUACGAUCGGAUAUGCAAAUAGGUACAACUGGAGGUUCGUGCUGUUUUCAAGGGGACGUGAUUUCUGGAGUUCUUGAUCCCCUUGAGCAGGAUUUACGAAGAUUGGUAGCAUGACCAAAGUUUCGGUUGUCGACUUAAGCUUCUCGUGCGUGAUGUUGAGUGGCCACACUGGGAGGGCUCGGUGGUUGUUGAAAGCAUAAAGG